GAGCUGUCUAUCUAUCUGUCUCUCUCUCUCUCUCGCUCGCUCGUUCUCUCACUACAAAUGUAUGUAAUCAGAAGUACAAAGAUGGUUUUUCGUAGUCCGCUACAUUUGUGACGCUUCAAAUAGUUUAUUUCUUUUAUUUUUUUAUCUUGUUAAAAAAAUUACAAAUCCAUAAAUGUUACUUGGUGUUGAGAAUUGAACUAUAAUUUUAAUAAAUGUAAGUAUAUUCACGUGUAACAUUCAAUAAAAAUGUGUAUUUUUUCGGAAACAGGCGAAACAUAGGCAGCAUUUCAUUGGUUAAUUUCUCUGCUCGUCGUUGUCGUCGGUAUGCUCAAUUUGUCGUGAUUCACGGUGAAAAACACAUACACACCACCGAAUCCGUACUAUUUAUUUUGUAUUUCGCAUAUGAAAAGCCAAAAGGAAAUUAAUUUUUUUUCGCCCGUCAACCAUCGCAGUUUAUUUAGUCCAUGUGCCCCCGUAUUUUCAAUUCGAACGAGAAACAUUUUUAAAAUCGAAUGAUGAGAAAAAAAAAUGGUUAUUUUCGUUUUGGUCGUGUGCAAAUAGAGAGAGUGUGUGUGUGAGUGAGUGAGAGAGAGUAAAAACUAUUCCACAAAUUCACGUCUCCUGUCACAUUAGAAUCGGCAUUCAGAAGGAAACGAAAAAAACGCCGAUAGCCAACGAAAAUAUAUAAAAAUUGUGUGUCGAAAAUUAAAUUGGUUGUGUUUGCAAUUGUGUGCAAAAAAUCAGCAUGAAAAUUGAAAAUUUAUGCGAAAAUUAAAAAAAGAAUCACCGUGUUGUAUGCAUAUUGUGUAAUUGCAUCGAACCAACCGUAUUUUAGUUCAAUUUAGUUUUUUUUCUGUUUGUUUGUUCUGCGACAAACAGAAAACUACUCGGUGGUUAGAAACAUUCAGAUGAAAUAAUAUUUUUAUUAAAUGAUAAGUUUAAUUGGAAAAUAAUCAUCGAUGGGUUUUGCUUAACUGCAAACACAUUCGAUGAAUGACGAUUUUAAAUUGAAAAGUUACGAGAAAUAUUUAACUUUUGCGAGAGAUUCAGAACGGGAAAUUCGACCAUUGUGCUAAAUUGAGGCAAUUUAGAUAAUUUGUUCAUCAUUUUUCAAAGAAUCGAUGCAUUUAAUACGAACAAAUUAUUAAGACUUAUUUAGAUUCGAAGUGAAUUAGGUAGAGAUAAACUGGAAUCCGCGUUAAAUCGAAGUGUGAAACAGAAAUCAUACCAUUUUUGGUUCAUUUGACAAAAAUAAUUUCGAUCCGGAUCUCUGCAACAUGGACAGUGAAAACCAUAACGAUUCCAGUAACCAGCGAGAAAUUCGGAAUAACACAGUUGAAGCGAUGGAUACAGAAGAAGAGCCCACAAUGCCGAUGAUACCGACAACGGUGAACGAAAACAGUUCCGAGGUAGCCGACGUUCAAAUGGAGGACGAAGAGAUGCGAUCAGAGGCGACAUUCAGCUUUGUUGUCCACGAUUUUAGUAAAAUGAAAGACUCCAUAUUGUCGCCGCCAUGCUAUGUGCGAAACCUGCCCUGGAAAAUAAUGGUGAUGCAACGCACAUCGAAUUCGGGCGAUCGAGGCCAAGACACCCGUUCCAUGGGUUUCUUUUUACAAUGUAAUGCCGAAAGUGAAUCGUCUAGUUGGUCAUGCAAUGCAAAAGCCGAAUUAAAACUGAUGUCACACAAACCCGACCAGGAGCCGUUUGUACGACAAAUCAAACAUUUGUUCUACAGCAAAGAGAACGAUUGGGGCUUCUCACAUUUCAUGAAUUGGAAUGAGAUUUUGGAUCCGGAACGGGGCUACAUUCAAGAUGACAAGAUUAUGUUGGAGGUGCAUGUAGUGGCAGAGGCGCCGCAUGGUGUAUUCUGGGACUCAAAGAAGCAUACCGGUUUUGUUGGCUUGAAAAAUCAAGGCGCAACGUGCUACAUGAAUUCGCUGCUGCAAACACUCUAUUUUACAAAUCAACUGCGAAAGGCUGUAUACAAAAUGCCAACCGAGGCCGAUGACAGCACGAAAUCGGUCGCGUUGGCAUUGCAACGCGUAUUCCACGACCUACAAUUCAGCGACAAACCGGUGGGAACAAAGAAACUGACAAAAAGUUUCGGAUGGGAAACGUUAGACUCAUUUAUGCAACACGAUGUUCAGGAAUUUUUGCGUGUGCUACUCGACAAAGUGGAGAGUAAAAUGAAGCGGACUUGUGCCGAAGGCACGGUCCCCGCAUUGUUCGAGGGAAAAAUGUCAUCGUACAUUAAAUGCAAGAAUGUUAAUUACACGAGCACACGAAUGGAAACCUUCUACGAUAUUCAACUGAACAUUAAAGGCAAAAAGAAUAUUUAUGAAUCGUUCAAAGACUACGUCGCAAAGGAGACAUUGGAGGGUGACAACAAGUACGAUGCCGGCGAACAUGGUCUCCAAGAUGCCGAGAAGGGAGUGAUUUUCGUUAAAUUUCCGCCCGUACUGCAUUUACACUUGAUGCGAUUUCAAUACGAUCCAAUCACAGACAAUUCGGUGAAGUUCAAUGAUCGCUUUGAAUUCUACGAACACAUCGAAUUGGAUCCGUAUCUGCAGAGCUUAGAAGAUACGCCAGCCGAUUAUACACUGCAUGCCGUGCUCGUGCACUCUGGUGACAAUCAUGGCGGCCAUUAUGUAGUCUACAUUAAUCCAUAUGGCGAUGGUAAAUGGUGUAAAUUUGACGAUGAUGUUGUGUCCAAAUGUAAUAAAGCCGAGGCCAUUGAACACAAUUACGGUGGCAUCGAUGACGAUCUAAGCUUAAAUGCCAAACAUUGUAGUAACGCUUACAUGUUAGUCUACAUACGAAACUCAGCGAUGCAGCAAGUGCUACAGGAAAUCAAAGAGACCGACAUCCCGUCAGAGUUGAUUGAUCGCCUGGCCGAGGAACGGCGCAUGGAACAGGUUCGGCGACGCGAACGAAGCGAGGCAAACACGUACAUUACCAUUAAUGUACUGCUCGAGGAAUAUUUUGAAGGUCAUCAGACGACUGAUUUGUUCGAUUUGGAGAAGGUCCAUUGUCGCUCAUUCAAAAUGAAGAAAACUCAAACGAUUGCCGAUCUAAUGAACACAUUUAAAGAUGCAUUUUAUACGCCAAUUUCACAUAUGCGUCUCUGGCCACUGGUGUCGCGACAAAAUCAGUUGACGCGACCGUCAUUCUUCUACUACAAAGAUGAUCAAAACAAAGCAAUUAUCCAGUGUGCUGAACUACAAAAUCCGUGGCUAGUAUUUUUGGAACUGUUGCCACCAGAUUCUGGCCAACAAGCUUUGCCAUCGUUCAACAAAGAACGAAACGUGCUGUUAUUCUUUAAGUUCUACGACCCAGCCAUGAAACGAUUGAAUUACUGCGGACUGGGCUACUAUAAUAUCACACAGAAAGUUAGCGAUCUGGUACCCGAUUUGAAUAAACGUGUCGGAUGGCCAGCCGAAACAGAACUCACACUAUACGAAGAGCAGGGAUCAAAUAUGGUUCAGAAAAUCACUAAUCUUAAUGACACACUGGAAAAACUCGAUUUAAUGGACAGCGACGAUGUUAUUAUAUUCGAAAAGAAGCAUUGUGAUGAUAAUCUAGAGUUGGCCACGUGCGAAGAUUACUUUAAGGACCUAUUAUAUCGAGUUGAAGUGGUGUUCAUUGACAAAACAAAUCUGAACGAUGCCGGUUUCACGCUAGAAUUGUCACAACGAAUGACUUACGAACAAAUGGCGGCCGCGGUAGGACAAAAAAUGAAUGUCGACCCAAAUACAAUACAGUUCUUCAGAUGCCAAAAUUACAAAGAUUUACCAGGCAAUGCAAUCAAAUCAGCAUACGAAGGUCCACUCAAAGAUUUUCUAAUUUAUAGUAAACCGAAAUCAGUAAAGAAAUUGUUUUAUCAAAUUUUACCAAUGAAUAUUAAUGAAUUAGAAAACAAAAAACAAUUCAAGUGCUUUUGGCUAACGCCGAAUUUGAAAGAGGAGAAGGAAUUAGUUCUGUAUCCAAAUAAGAAUGGCACAGUGAAAACGCUGAUCGAAGAGGCUGCUAAGCAUGUUGAAUUCAGCGAAGAUGGCACACGUCAACUUCGAAUGGUGACAAUUCAAGGCUACAAAAUUGGGCCAGGUCCACGCGAAGACACCGAAUUAGAACAUUUACAUCAACAUGGCGAUCAGAAUGUGUCACAGCAGAUAUUCUAUCGAUUCGAAGAGAUUCCCGAAAGCGAGCUAAACUUGGCCGAAGAUGAGAUGCUGAUACCAGUAUCACAUUUCUACAAAAAUGUUCACGAACUCUUUGGCAUACCGUUCUUCGUGAAAGUCAAACAGGGUGAACCGUUCUGUCAACUGAAAAACCGUAUACAAAAUAAACUUGGGGUUCCAGAUAAAGAGUGGGAAAAGUAUAAAUUCGCGCUAAUAACGAUGGGACGAGCAGAGUACAUCAACGAUGAUGACGUUGUAAUAAAUUUGUCUGAUUUUAAAAGCAGUAGCAAUAAUCAACGAGGAACUCCGAUGUGCUUUUUGGGCCUGGAGCAUGUGAAUAAGACACAGCGCCGAUCACGUUUCAAUUACUUGGAAAAGGCUAUCAAAAUCUAUAACUAAAUGAAAACAAAACCACAACAACAAACCGAAUGCCCAGGCGAUACAGCAGCUGUUUGCUACAACAAACCAACCAACCAACCAAUCAACCACAACCAACUAGCAUGAGUGUGGAGAUGGGAAGGGCCACAAUUUGACAUUUACAACUAAUGAAUCUUAAGAACGAUUGCAGUCAAAACACACACACACACAGAAGAAAAUAUACAAACUGAGUUAUAAAUAUGCAAGAUGAGCCGAAUAAGAAUGAAAAGAAACAAAAAGUCGCCUGUUAUUGAAUUAGUUCCACACCGGUACGAUGCUAAAUGGAAGGAGAAUUAAAAGGAAUAAAUUUGUAAAAAUAUUUAUUAUGCUGCGCUUACUUUUUUCUUUACUGAUGAUCAGAAUCACUUGUUCUCACAACCGAAUACCUUAUCUCUCCUUUAUUUUACGAUUAGAAUAUUUAAAUUACUUAAACAACAGCAACAUCAACAACAACAACAACAAGAAUAUGGACAGAAACAUUGAUCCUAAUUGCCACAAAUCGAAGCGGUUUAUUAAAUUAUUAUAACGAUUCUCUCUCACUCACACACAUAUACACACACACUUUGAUUCAGUUCAUUUUUGUUUUAAAUCAAUUGAAAUUUUUUUUUCUGUGUGAAAAGCACAAUUGGUCCAUGAAAAAAAUUAUAACAAAACUAAUAAGAUUGAUUUUGUACAGAUUUUACAAAACGAGUUUGGUUCUCACAUUUGUGCUCGUUUUUUUCAUUUGCUUAUUAUACGAAUGAUUCGAUGUUACAUUCAUGUGUACACGAUGUGUUCGUACAAAGGCAUAUCUUCAUUUGAUGAACGAUGAUUUAUCGGAAAGAUCAUUUUCAUACUAAUUUUUUUUGUCUAAAAAAAGAAGAAGAAAAAUCUGUAUUCAUUCAAAACACAUGCACAUGCAAAUGUUUUUUUUCUCUCUCUAAUUUUGUAGCAACCAAAUGGAUUCAAUUGCAUUAACUUGAUGGGUUGAAUGAACGAUGUAUCGAAGGAGAAAAAACAGAGUAUAAUGUCGAGAAAAAAAAAAUUGAAAUAAUGAUGACGAACGAAGUAGUCAAAACACAUCAGUUUAUUUUAAACUUAGAGUCUAUGCAUAACAUUUGAUUUAAACAUGAAAAAACAAACAAAUAUUGUAUUAUUUAUAAAUGAUUUUAUUGUGAUCAAGCAAUUGUUGAAAUGAACAAAACGUUUUCAUUUUCUGCUA